CUCAAGCGCCUCACGGGCUACAAGGCCGUGGACGACCACGUGGCGUCCGGCAUGGUCGUCGGCCUGGGCACCGGCUCCACGGCCUACUUCGCCGUCGAGCGCCUCGGCGAGAAGCUCAAGUCGGGCCAGCUCACGGACGUCGUCGCCAUCCCCACCAGCGUCCGCACGCGCGACCAGGCCGUCGCGCUCGACAUCCCCCUCGUCUCCCUGGACACGCACCCCGUCCUGGACGUCGCUAUCGACGGCGCGGACGAGGUCGACCCGCACCUCAACCUCGUCAAGGGCAGGGGCGGCGCGCUGUUGAGGGAGAAGAUGGUCGAGGUACAGGCGAAGAAGUUUAUCGUCAUUGUCGAUGAGAGUAAGCUCGUUGACGGCCUGGGCAUCAGCGGCGCUAUGCCCGUCGAGGUCACCCCGUUUAGCUCACAGUUUAACUUGAAGAGACUCGUCGAGCUGGAUAGCGUCAAGGGCUGCACGGCCAAGCUCAGGAUGGACGACGCUGGCACCUCCCCGUACGUCACUGAUAAUCACAACUAUAUCGUCGAUCUCUACUUUGACAAGCCCAUUAGAGACCCCGUCCAGGCCGGAAAGGACUUUGACUCGCUUGUGGGCGUCGUCGAGCAUGGCCUGUUCUUGGGCAUGUCGUCCGCCGUUAUUAUCGCCGGGAAGGACGGCGUGUAUGUCAAGGAGCCUUGAGAUGCCCAAAUAAGUUAGUUUAUUCUUUGUUCUUGUCUUGACCCACUUGUAACCCCCUUCCGUCUUUGGAAUAUUCCACGGCCCCAUUUGCUCAUCAAGCCUACGCCACCUUUCAGCUUUGAUCCAUAUCGCGUCAUUAGAUCGCGUCCCUGAGUCCGCCAAAAAGUACACAGAGGCAACAACAAGACAAAUGCGAAUCCCGCCAAAAAAAGCCAAAAAAAUAUAAAUAUCUAAUCAGACACCCCCCCCUCUGGCGAU